CAGGCCAAAGAGGCCACUCGUCUCCCGCUUACCGAGCUCCGCAGCUUUGGUGCUGCUCGUCAAUGGCGCCCAAUCCUCUCCUCUUUUCCUCCUCCCACGCUCUCUGUCAUUUCCCUAUAUUCCCCAAAACCCUAACCCCUCGCAGUGUCUCUCCUUUCUCCUGCCGGUCUUCUCUACCCCAGACCUCCUCCCCGCACUCCGAUUCUUCUUCAAUCGAGCCCUCGGGCACCGGCGCCGCCGCCCCAACACGCGGAGACCUCUUUCUCGAGCGCCAGCAGUCUCGUUCCACUGCUACUGUCGUGCUCAAGCAGAGCAAGAAGAAUAGCAAGAAGAAGAGGGCUGUUGCUUCCAAACUCUCGUCAGCAAUUACUUGCUGCUAUGGUUGUGGCGCGCCGUUGCAAACGGAGGAGAUGGAAGCACCCGGAUACGUCGAUCCUGAGACCUAUGAAUUGAAGAAGAAGCAUCGGCAGCUGAGGACUGUGCUAUGCGGAAGGUGUAAGCUGUUGUCCCAUGGGCAUAUGGUAACUGCGGUUGGGGGGCAUGGGGGUUACCCUGGCGGUAAGCAGUUUGUCACCGCAGAGGAGCUUCGUGAAAAGCUUUCUCACUUGCGCCAUGAGAAGGUGCUCAUAGUUAAGCUGGUUGAUAUUGUUGACUUCAAUGGCAGCUUUUUGUCACGGAUACGUGAUCUUGCUGGUGCUAAUCCAAUUAUAUUAGUUGCAACUAAGGUUGAUCUUCUCCCUAAAGGUACUGAGUUAAAUUGCAUUGGUGAUUGGGUUGUGGAUGCGACUAUUAAGAAGAAACUCAAUGUUGUUAGUGUCCACCUGACAAGUUCAAAGUCUUUAGUAGGGAUUGUGGGGGUUAUAGCAGAAAUCCAAAAAGAGAAAAAGGGACGUGAUGUAUAUAUUCUGGGUUCAGCAAAUGUUGGGAAAUCUGCAUUUAUCAAUGCGUUGCUUAAGAUGAUGGGAGAGAAGGAUCCAGUAGCAGCAGCUGCUCAGAAAUACAAACCUAUCCAAUCCGCUGUUCCUGGAACAACUUUAGGGCCUAUCCAAAUUGAAGCCUUUCAAGGAGGGGGAAAACUGUUUGACACACCAGGUGUUCAUCUGCAUCAUAGGCAGGCAGCUGUUGUAGACUCUGAAGAUCUCACCUUGCUUGCUCCUAAAAAUCGUCUAAGAGCGCAAUCAUUUCCGGUUCUCUCGGAGAAUAAAAGAUUGAAUGAUACAGCAGCACUUGGUUUGAAUGGAUUUUCAAUAUUCUGGGGAGGACUUGUUCGGGUUGACAUUAUUAAGGUGCUUCCUGAGACUCGGUUGACAUUCUAUGGACCACGGCAACUGCCAAUUCAUAUGGUUCCAACUUCUGAAGCAGAUCAAUUUUACCAUAAGGAACUUGGAAUUUCAUUGACACCUCCAACAGGCAAUCAAAGAGCAGAGGCUUGGCCAGGUCUACAAGUUGUUCGGCAAUUGCAAAUAAAUUUUGAAAAUCGCAAGAGGCCGGCUUGUGAUAUCGCAAUUUCUGGUCUUGGUUGGAUAGCUAUUGAACAAUUCAGUUCAAAUCUUAAUGUUGAUCCAAAUGCCAACAACGAAGCUGAUUUAAAGGAACUGCAGUUGGCUGUACAUGUUCCAAAACCAGUCGAAGUAUUUGUUCGACCUCCAAUGCCUGUUGGUAAAGCUGGUGAAGAGUGGUAUGAGUAUCAAGAACUGACUGAGAAGGAAGAAGAAUUGAGGCCUAAAUGGUUCUUCUAGUUCAUUCCUGAUCUUCCUGCAAACCACCUGAGGAUACAAGCCGGAUCCUGCAGUUGAACAGUGUUUUUGGUUCACCAAAAAUGAUGCCCAACUCUGCAAUGAUUUCCAUCACAAGAGCUGGCCAAAUGUGUAUUAUAUAUAUAUAUAUAUUCGAGCUCAUUAAAGUUUUGUAAUCUAGUCAAUCCUAAAUUCGUACUCUGAUUUAUGUUUCUUUUUUAAUCUGCAUUCCAAUU